AUGAACACAUUCUCACAUGUACCUCCCGGCUUUCGUUUUCAUCCAACCGACGAAGAACUUGUUGAUUACUAUCUCAGGAAGAAGGUAUCGUCUAAAAAGAUCGAUCUAGAUGUCAUCAAAGACGUCGAUCUUUAUAAAAUUGAACCAUGGGAUCUUCAAGAAUUAUGCAAAAUAGGAAGUGAUGAACAAAAUGAUUGGUAUUUCUUUAGUCAUAAGGAUAAGAAGUAUCCGACGGGAACUCGAACCAAUAGAGCAACAAAAGCAGGGUUCUGGAAAGCAACGGGAAGAGAUAAGGCUAUAUAUUCAAAACAGUUCCUAGUUGGAAUGAGAAAGACUCUUGUGUUUUACAAAGGACGUGCACCAAAUGGACAGAAAUCUGAUUGGAUCAUGCAUGAAUAUCGUCUUGAAACUAAUCAAAAUGGAACUUCUCAGGAAGAAGGUUGGGUUGUUUGCAGGGUAUUCAAGAAGAGAAUGACAACAGUACAAAAAAUGAGUGAGUAUGAUCAAUCACCAUGCAACUGGUACGAUGAUCAAGUUUCCUUCAUGCCUGAUCUUGAAUCUCCAACCAGAACCAAUUCCCACCCAAAUUACACUUCUCCAUACCAAUCAUGCAAACCAGAACUUGAGUUAUUGCAAUACAACAUUAUACCAAACCAUCAAUACCAUGACCUUCCACAUCUUCAAAGCCCUAAAAUCACUCCAUCAGUUAUUAUCCCUUAUAACCAUGCUCAUGCAAACAAUAACAAUAUUGCACUCACUCAACAGCAGGAGCAACAACAGAUGCAGUAUUUGCAGUACCAUCAACAAAAUCUUCACUCGAUUUACGGCGGAAACAGCAGCGCUGGGAAUGUUAAUGAUGAACAAGUCACUGAUUGGAGAGUUCUGGACAAAUUUGUUGCUUCUCAGCUUAGUCAAGAAGAUAACAACAAUAACAAUAAUAAUACUAAUAAUGAUCAAGAUCAGGUUUCUAAUAAACAAAAUAGUUCUUUCUCAAAUGCAGCUAUACUUCAAGUUGCGGAACAAAUCACUCUUCUUGCUAAUGAUUCCAAAAAGAAUGAAGUUUCUGAGGAACAUGCUUCAACUUCUACCUCAAGUUGCCACAUGGAACUCUGGAAGUGA